AUGGCAGCCACGCGGCGAAACCCCAGGCGUGUGCCGGAGAGCCGCGGGCUGCGCGGGACCCCGCCGCGCCUGGGCAGCGGGCGCUCCCGCUCCGGGCGGCAAAGGGAGGGGCUUCCUCUGUCCUUCUCCGGUGCGUUUGCUCGCCGCCUCGGAAGUACGGACACAGUCCGAGGGGUGUCCGCGUCCAUGUUUUGGGGCCUCUGUCCGGGGGAGCGGGGAAGGUGCCCUGAAGAGGUGGCCGGUGGGCCCGCUGCGUCGCACUGGCAGGUCCGGGAGGAGGGCCCGCAGCUGCAGCAGGUGGAGGGCACGGGAGACCAGGAGGCCGCCUGCUUCGUGACAGGUGCUCGGCAGCUCCUUGCUGGGGCUUCUUUUCUGCGUCUGGCCGUGCGGGCACACCAGCCUGUGCCAACCGGGGACACGUUCUCCUCGCCUCUACGGAAGCGCCGAGGUCACGGGAGUCUGAGGAAGGCUGAGCGUGAGGACACAGCCAGCGGGCCUGACUGUGCCCCCUCCCUCCCACCCCCUUCCCCACACCGGGGCUGCGGGCCGGGCGGCUCCGUGGCCGGCCCCCCCUCCAGCCUCCGAGGGCAGGAAGCCCCCCCUGACUGCCUUUCUGCAGGAGGGGCCUCCGUCUCGGAGACGCCUCUGGGACGCGCCGCGGCACAGGUUCCGCCGGGAGGCCCUUCCAAACGGCUUCGGAGCGGGUUCGCGCCCGGUGCUCCCGCUGAGCUCGUGUUCGCGUGUUUCCUCUCCCGAGUGACCCAGCGCUGCUUCGGGCGUCCAGCGUCCUGGGAGGUGUUUCCGCCCCAGGGUCUCCGCGGGCCGCAGAGCUCCCGGGAGACGCGUGCAGGAAGCCGCGGUGCGUGGGGCGCGGAGCAGAGCGCAGCCCCGCCCCUCGCGGCCAGGCCGCCCGCACGGCCGCGGCCACGCGCUCACCGUCCGCGCGUCUCGCGCACGGCUGCAGGGUCGCACCUGCGGACGGACGACUUCGGCUGCCUCGGCGCCUGCGGCUGUGGUGAGUACAGAGAAUCCUGGAAACUGAAGCUCCGGAAUUGUGUUAAGAGGUGGCAACAUCACGGGGGAAACUGCUCGAUUUGUUCAUGGGUCUUUGGCACGCGGCCAAAAGCAGCUCCGAUUUGUUGUGAAAACAGACCCGUGUCCGUGGGCCCGGGCCUGGGCUCCCAGGAGGAGGAGGAGGAGUGUCCGGAGCUGCCCCUUGUCCGCGAGUCCCUGGUGGAGGGUGGAACGAACUGUGCCGCGGGGUCACCAGGUCCAUUCUCCGCCGCUUUAUGAGGUUUUCAAUGCAGCGAUUGGAGCGGCGCGGAACCCAGACGGACGGACACCACAAGGCCACUUUGUGGGAAGGGGGCGGCUUCUUUCGAGGCCCUGGCUGCGGCUCCCCCGCCGCUUAAAGACCCAGGCGGAACCGAGACCCAUAGGUGAAAUACUCAGAACCCCUUUGCCUGGAGAAAUGUAUAAAAUAAAGUGUUCUAGCCCUUGGCUGGCGUAGCUCAGUGGAUUGAGUGCGGGCUGCGAACCAAAGUGUCGCAGGUUCGAUUCCCAGUCAGGGCACAUGCCUGGGUUGC